CAGGACUGAACACGCGCAACGAAAGGGAGUUUAUGCUUAAUAGGAAAACACGGAGCGGCGCACGCGCACAUUCAUCGGCGUGAACAGGACAGAGGGGCCUGCCGGGAGUUGCAGUCCGGGGCCCCAGGAUGUUGCUAGAAGCGCUACGCCGGGGCCUGCUGCGACAAGGCUCGCUCCUGCCGCUGACCCGGAGUCUUUCCUCGGCCCAGGGCGGCUGCUGGAGUUGCGGGACGCCCCUCUCCUCCUCUGCCUCGCCCCGCUUCUGCCCUUCGUGCCGGGCCCUGCAGCCUCCGGAGCCAGGCCAGGACCACUUCCACCUCAUGGGAUGCGACCGCAGUUUCCGCCUCGACGUCCCCCGUCUCCAGCGGACAUUUCGCACCCUGCAGCGCUCCUUGCACCCCGACUUCUUCAGCCGGCGCCCUCAGGUCAGAUAACCAGGACACGGGUUUGAGCAGCAACGCACCCAGGCGGGUUAUUUAUUCUGCAACCUGGGAAGUCGCGUUUAGCGGUGCAUGCUAAAAGCGGUGCCCCGAGGCGAAGAAAAAGUUCAAAUAGGCUUGCCAUAACCCGAUGGGAGGCGUGACCCCCCCACUUUCUAGGGGGCGUUUCCGGUCCCGUCACGCCCUCUUCAAUUCUGCCCGGCUCCUGGCCCUGCUGCAUCCCUAUAUUGUGAUGAGCGCAACAGCCAGGGCUGGAGCUGGCAUGGGA